AUGUUUCGAAGCUCAACGCAAAAUGGCAACGGCGAAACACAAUAUCUUGGCCUACUAAUUCGUCCUUCAGCCAACCAACCAAAUCCACCACCUGGAACACCAGCCGGUGCGAUUGGUCGGACUAGUAAUGGUCAGCCAGUGUCAACCCUAACACCUACAGCGAAUGCUGUCAAAGGACCACAGCCGUUGCUUGUUCAAGGAGUUUAUCCUCAGGGUGGUCCUAUUGUGGUUCAAGGUGAUACUCCCAAGGUCCUUGUCCCAGCUAAAGUCCAGGUUCGGCUACAACAAGGUGGAGAUGCUUCCGUUGCAAUUUCACCGACAGCCAUCCCUUCAUCGACGUUACCGAUGUCGACGUCAACGAUAGGAUGGUCACAGGCUGCACCACUGAAAACUGCUUUCGCUUCAUCUGGGCACAACGUCAUCUCUAGUCCGUGCAAUUCGCAGCAUCGCAGUUUAUCAGUUUGCUCAGUAUCGCCACAGCUGGAUUCGUCGCCGAUGUCUCCAUUACCUAACAUCAUUCAAUAUCAUAACCAUACUACACCGUCGACGACCAGAGUUGGUUUACAGGCUGAUCCUCGAUCAACUCGUGUAACAGGGACUGGUCAGUGGGCAGCACCAGUCAGUGAUUCUUCGACUACUCCGGAUUCUGGGAUUCAGUCCGUUCCCGGUUCACCUCCCAGUAGUCAUCCACUGACGCCUCCAACGAUGCAAUUGGAAGGAUGCGAUUCAGUUUGUGAAGAGAGAUGCGACAAUGACGAAGAUUUUGCGGAUAUGCCACGCCUGCUUCCUGUCGAUCAAGAGGAGGCACAAUGUAGCAAUAGCUGCUUGUCAGUACGUGAGGACGUGUCAUCGUCACACGGUUCAGAAUGUGAGACUGCACCGACGCCAUCGAUUUCGAUCACACCCACCAUGGAUUCUAAGGAUAUCGUUGAGCAGCUUCUCAUGCUUGAUCCCGAAAAGGCAAAUGCGAUUGCGAACCUUAUAAAGAGGAGGCAGAGCAGCAAACGGAGGAGUAGUAGCAAGCAGGAGAACGGGCAUAAGCGCGGACGACCGACGAGCUCGGCUAGUGAAGAUCUAAAGAAAAGCGAAGAAGAGCCGACCCUCAGUACACGCGUGGCAACACGAAGCACGUCUCGAGCAUCUCAAAAGGAUAGUGGGCGAGCAUCGAGCACGAAUAUGACGAAGCUGGACGUAUCACCAUCCUGCACGGACGAUUCCAAAGAGAUGGGAUCUCAAGAAAUAUCCCCUGUGCCCAGUGAGCAGGUCUGCUCUGAAUCGCCAUCGUCUGAGGAACGCAGAAGCACGUCUGCAAUCCAUAAUUCAUACGAUUUGGAGAUGCGCAAAGUGUAUCGGGAUGCAAUCAAAAGAAUGAUGAAGGAGAAGCUGGCAUCUCUUCUUGAAGCGACUGUUGUGGAUAUGCAAGGUUUGCAUAUCGGAUUACGUGAAAGGCAUGAUCGACGGCACAGUAAAGAUCGAAAAAACCUGUGGGCGGUGAACUGGGAGCAAGUGCGGAAACGAAGAAGAAAAGAGGAAGAUCGAAAACGAGCUGCUGAAAGAACUGAGCGUAAGAGAGAGGUAGUCUCGAAGAGCAAGGACAGAGAUUAUUGCAAAAGGGAACUACGUGAGAAGGUCGUCGACUCCGACGUGUCCCGAUCAGAGCCUAACGUUGAACGUCGGUCGCGUAAGAGACGCAACGAUAGUUUGGAGAAGGAGAAGGAGAGGGAAGAACCCAGGACGCGUUCGGCCCAUUCAACUCCAGCGAAAAGGCUCGGCUGUUGCGAUACGCCCACUCCGAGCAAGCGAGAGAAAGAAUACGAAGAUAUUUCUAGAAGUGUAGGCGUUGGUUCACUACCUGAGUGGGAUUCUCCAGUGUUGUCAUGCGGUUGUACACGUGGAGCAUGUACGUCGGAUUCAGAAUGUGUUAAUCGUGCCCUCUGCGUUCAAUGUCCAUCAGCGUGUGCGGCUCCGUUAUGCGCAAAUAAGAAGUUCUGGAAAGAUGAUGCAUUGAAGUCGUUGGUCGUGAGCGGUGCAAAGACUCGAAAGAUUCUUCGGACGAAGCAAGCCAGACGAGCUGGCGACUUUUUGUGCGAAUUUGCUGGGGAAGUGGUACGUUACGAAGACGCAAAACAACGGUGGGAGACGUACUCGAAAACUGAAACGACACCUGUGAUUCUGUGCUUGACGUCUCGUCUAUUCGUCGAUGCCACCAUCCGCGGGAAUGUCUCACGUUAUGUACGACAGUCGUGCCGACCCAAUGCAAGGCUGGAAGUGUGGUCAGUGAACGGUAAAUAUCGUGCAGGAUUGUUCUCUCUUGGUGACAUUACAUCAGGAGCAGAAAUCACUAUCGACAUGAACGGCUUAUUGCCAGUGAGCCGAAACUGUCACUGCGGUGUGAUCGACUGUCGCAAACGGCUUGUUAUGGCUCGUAAUCCGGUAGGAGUUUGGCUCUUUCUCUCUCUUUCCUUUGUUUUUAAUCAUUCUCUCUUUUUGUCUGGAGCUCCUCUUGAAGACAUUCGCUUUUUCGACAAGUUCUCUCAAUUCCAGCCAAUCGUCUCAGCAAGUGAUCUCUCCAUUAAUGAGGAGCGCAUUGUCCGUGAACAUCACUUAUUUUUGAUCCGAAACAGGCAGCAAUGCGUUAGUCGGGCCGGUGCCCACGGUUUGGUUGGAUCAUUUGGGCCGCCUACGUCGCAAAUAGAAGGUCUGCGGACUGUGCUCAAGGGAAUUGUUUACCGAGUGCGUCGGGUUGAUGGCCGUCUGCCACUGAAAGCGCUACCAGGCUACCACCGGGUCAAUCGACUACUUCGGAGUGUUGAACGGCGGCGAACCCAACUGAGCAAGUCGGAACUUUCGGCAGCUUUUGACUUCGAAAUGGGGCGGUGGUUGGAUCAGUUAGCUGAUGAAGAUUUUGAGCGUGCUUAUACGGCUCUACGUGGUCGAUAUCUCAGCGAAUUUGGAAAGCAGGAAAAAGACGAAAAACCGAAAAGAGAUCGCAGAAGAGAGGCUCGGUUCGUGAAUCGAGACACGAACCUUGAGUAUAUCGACUCCGAUGUUCGAGUUGGCGGUUACGAUCCAGAUAAAGCGUGGCCACUGGGAAAGGCAAACGAAAAGGAUGAUGCGGUACGAUGUGUCUGUGGAUCAUUGGAAGAGGAUGGUGAGAUGACACAGUGCGAUACCUGCAACUUUUGGCUGCACAGCGAAUGUCUUGAUACGCGAGAUGUUGACCAGGAAACUGAAUAUAAGUGCCAGUUUUGUCGUGGCGCUAUAAGCGGUGGGCGUCCAUGCAGUGAUGUCAUUCUUGCAAAACAGCCGGAAAUACGGUUAUACGGCUGCAGCUACUACAAAGCUCUCACCAACAAUCGUUCUAUCCAAGUUCGUCUCAAUGAGACCGUUCACGUACAAAGAGCCAUCAAAGACGACCAUAAGAAGAUUCUCAAAAAACUGAUGGAUGUGAACGAAAAGAGGAAGAAAAAUGGUGAUGAUGGAGAGGAAAAGUUUGAGGACAUUCCCGAAGCGGCUCAAGAUCGCCUCCCCUUGGAAACAUUCCAUCGAAAGGAUUUGCGAGUGUUCCGAGUGGAACGACUUUUCUGUGCUCCUGGUGGCCACCGUUUCGUGUUCGGUUUCUAUUAUGCUCGACCUCAUGAGACUUUUUGUGAUUCACAGCGGAUUUUCCAUAGAAACGAGGUUUUCUCUACUCCGUUAUACGACACACUUCCUCUUGAUGCCGUAGUUGGACGAUGCGCUGUAUUGGAUCCUUCAACUUGGUGUGCUGGUAGACCGACUGUGCCAGAGUACAGGGAGGAGGACGUCUACCUUUGCGAAUAUCAAAUUGAUCGGAAUCAACGUAGUUUCGAGAAAAUACCAAGCAAAAAUCGAUACCCGAUCAAUACGCAACCUUACGUGUUUCGGAAGUUUGACGAGCCUAUCACUAUCAAAAGAGAUUUCACGCCGUUCAUCGUCGAUCCAUCAUUAUCUCAGUCGAAAUCCUCAUUGAAAGGUGAUAAAGACGCUAGCGAUGUGGUUGGUUCUAAGCGAUUGAUGAUGGAUAAUCUCACUGCUAUCGUUGAAAGGCUCAAAUCUCCAUCAAAAACCCUCCCGAGAAAGGUCCAUGUAGAGGAGGAAAAGAAGCGAAGGCGUCCUCGAAAGCAGUGCAGAAGCACCAAAUCACCGAGUGAGUAG